AAGAAGUGGAAAAUUCAUCCCCGUGGAUGCGGUUCCAGACAUACGAGCAUUAAAGAACAAAAACGGCAGCAAGCGCAGGUAUUAUGGUUGACUGAUUAUUUUUAUUGUUAACCUACGAAGCGCGUUCCCAGUCGAUCACGCUAUGAAUGCAUCUCCGUUAUAGAAUCUUGUUCAAUUCUUCUAUACGCCGCCCAACACAGGAACCUGCAGGUAUGGCAACUGCCAUUGAAUCGGUCAGGCGUCAAACAUGGGCCCUUACCAAGAAGAAUUUUACAAUUGUAAUUGUACGGUCAUGGGGAUGGACACUCUUUCGUGCAUAUAUUCUUCCAAUCCUGAUUGUCGUUCUGCUACUCGAAAUCCCGAACUUCACGAAAACGACCGUCAAAUAUGGCGUGGGAACUCCACAGACAGUCAAAAGCCUGGAAAAAACCAUAGAUGGUUCGAAGAAACUCGCCAUUGUUCAGUCGCCAGGGCUUGCCAUCGAUGCGCAGGAGGCACUGAGCAGACUUGUAGAGCCGUUGGACGACGCCAAAGUUUUGCGACUUGCCAGUCCAGACCAGGUCUGGGAUGCUUGUGAUGUCGACUAUCAUGGCAACUCGAACUGUCAUGCUAUCCUAACUUUGAACGACUCCCCUGGUAGCGGCAGGCCAAAUGCUACUUGGAACUACACGAUUCAGGUAGACUCGACCAGGCAAUCAAACAGCUUCGAUCCUAUGAACCACGAAUCAAUAUAUGAAAACUUUUGGAUGCCCCUUCAGGUGGCCAUUGACAAUGCUAUUGCCAAUUCAUCAACCUUGCCAGAGGUGUACUCCUAUGCAUACGGCAGCCAGGAGGAACACGACAAGGAAGCCCGCCAAUCUUUCUUGAGUCUUGCUUUGUUCACCUUGGGGUUUGUCUUCUUCCUUUCUAUGUCAACUGUCGUCCAUCACGUCUCGAGCAUGGUGGCCUUCGAAAGGGAGUCAGGCAUGUCGCAACUUAUUGACGCCAUGAGUGGAGGCGCCGCAGUAUCUCGGGUGCUCAGCUAUAUAUUAUUUUUUGAUAUACUCUAUUUCCCACUGUGGAUCAUCCUUGGCAGUUUAUACUGGUACAUGCUUGUCCCAACGACAAGCCCAGGCAUAACUAUAUGUUGGCAAAUUUUGGCUGGUUGGGCGACGACAAGUGCGACUGUGUUCGGAACAGCUUUCUUUCGAAAGGCCGCAGGUGCCGUCACAGUCGUUUUUGCAAUUUCUUUCGUCCUGGCAGUAAUCACGUCCGUUGUAGAAAACAUGACGACGGAGCCUGCGGGAGUGGGGGAGAUGUCCAUCCUUGCCCUUCUUUUUCCAUCCAUGAACUAUGUGUUCUUCUUUGGAUUCAUGGUCAGAUGUGAAUUCCUAGGGCUACCAACGAACCUAGGUUCUCCAUUACCCAAAGUUAAUGAUGUCUACAAUCCUUUGGCGAACCAGUUAUGGGUUUAUAAUAUCGGCCCCUAUAUUCUUUGGAUUCUCCUGGUUAUUCAGAUCAUUGGGUACUCCGCUCUCGCCAUUCUGGUAGAACAUGCAAUGCAUGGGAACAACAGGCGUCGCCGUAGUUUCAACAGAGAUCCCGAUGCCGAAGGAUCUCAUGUUGCUAUCGAGACAGCCGGCCUUGAGAAGCACUACGAGCCCUCGAUAUGGAGAAAAGUGCUUUGCUGCUGUUGUGGCGCUCGAAAACCGGUCAUCAAAGCCGUAGAUGGUCUGAGUCUAGCCAGUCAAAAGCGCCAGAUUCUUUGUCUUCUCGGUCCCAACGGCAGCGGAAAGACAACUACGCUAGAUAUGAUUGCUGGAUUUCAGCGACCAACGGGCGGAUCUAUCAACAUAAAUGCACUGCCAUCUCAAAUUGGCGUAUGCCCACAGAGAAACGUCCAAUGGGAUGACCUCACUGUCAUGGAGCAUCUCGUUUUCUGGAAUACAGUUAAGAGUGGCACCGACGAUACUACAACCUUAGCAGAUCUAAUCAAAACUUGCGAUCUCACAAACAAGAGAAACACACUCGCAAAGAAUCUCAGUGGAGGCAUGAAACGUAAACUGCAACUAGCAUGCAUGCUGGUCGGUGGAAGCUCCGUUUGUCUAAUGGAUGAAGUCACAUCGGGGCUUGAUCCAAUUUCCCGGCGUGUCAUCUGGAACGCAGUGCUUGCUGAGCGAUCUCGUCGCACAAUGGUUUUCACUACGCACUUUCUCGACGAAAGUGAAGUGCUGUCUGAUCAUAUUGUCAUUGUGUCUCUAGGCAAGCUGAAAUGCCAAGGUACCCCGGCUGAACUCAAGAAUCAAUACGGAGGCGGCUAUCGAGUGCACCUGCCAAAGACAACCAAUAUAUCUGAUAUUAGUUACCCUGUCGCUGACCACGGCGAUCGUUACAUUUGUACAACGCCGAGCUCAUCCGAUGCAGCGCGGCUGCUAUCGACGCUCAAGGAUUCGAAUGAUGCAGAGAAUUUUAUUACUGGUCCCACCAUUGAAGACGUUUUCUUGAAGGUUUCUGACGAGCCUCAUGUUCUGAAUAGCGAUAGUGCCUCUGAGAGAAAGAGUAUCGACGGAAAAGCGAAAGACAUUAACCCAAGUUCCGUUCCUAAGCAGGCACCAACGCGUCACGCCAUCUUCUUCAGGCAACUUCAAGCUCUUAUUCUGAAGCGAAUUAUUAUCCUGCGCUCACAAUGGUGGGCCUAUCUUUUCGCUCUCGCUAUUCCAAUAGUGGCAACCUACUUUCUUCGGGGGCUCUUGAGAAAUGACCGAUUUCCAGCGGACAACUUUUAUCCUCCUAAAUGCGAGGAUCUCAUUGGCGAGGUUCAACAGCCUUAUCCUGUAUGGUAUUGGCCUUCUAGCGGCACCCUCGUUGGGCCCGUUUCCACAAACGAGACCAUGGUACGGGUUACGAACGAAGCCAACCCGAAUGCCUAUCGAUACUACAACCCCGAGUGGAACUCGCCAACCUUUGUUAAUGACCGGCAUAAUUUCACUCAAUAUUUGAGCGACCACGCGGAGAAUAUCACUUUUGGCGGCUGGUUUUUGGACAAUAUGACAGCACCUUUGCUCGCGAUUCCAGCAGGUCGAUAUGGUGGUUCACAACUAUCACUCAUCAAUGCAUUCAAUAUGGUGCGAUUCGGUAUGCCCAUAACAAUAAACUCCGGGACGCUGAGGUCGCAAUCGUUUUAUCGCAUGGGCAACUCACUGAUAUAUUCCAUUAUUUUCUGUCUCUUGAUGGCUGUGUAUCCUGCUUUCUUUUGUCUUUAUCCAACCUACGAGCGGCGAUCAAAGGUACGCUCAUUGCAAUAUUCCAAUGGAAUCCGAGCACUGCCACUUUGGCUAUCAUAUAUGCUCUUCGAUCUGGUAUUCGUGUUGGUCAUUUCGAUCGCAUGCACAAGUCUUAUCUCAACUCAUACGAAUUUCUGGGCCAUUGGCCACAUCUGGUUCGUACAAUUCUUGUAUGGUAUUACUGCGAUGCUUAUGGCAUACAUCAUUUCUACAUUUUCAUCGUCGCAACCAGCCGCGAUCGCCUGGUCUAUAUUGAUCAUGAUGGUUGAGUUCAUCCUAUCGAUAAUCACCCUUGCUGUUGUAGGUGAUGGCCUGGCUGGUAACGCCAGGACACUUGACGGCACGACUUUUGGCUUGGGCCUCAUUUUUCCAAUUCAGAAUCUCCUCCGAGCUAUGGCACUCGGCAUGAACCAGUACAUUGUUCGCUGUCGGGGAGAUACAACCAUAGACAAUCCCGGCUCAUUCCUCGCAUAUGGCGGUCCCAUUUGCCUGUUGAUCAUUCAGAUCGCUGCACUCUUUUCCCUGUUGCUUUGGCUCGACGGCACGAUUUUUAACUUCUCAAGGCGCAAGUUCUCGUCGAGCGACGCGGAGAUGUCCGCAUCACGGUUCUCCGGGCGCUCUGAUGUUGACACUGAGACUGCACGCGUGGAAGCCUCACAGACCGACCUUCUGAAGAUGGGGCAUGUUUCCAAGAGUUUCGGCAGCACACACGCUGUCGAAGACGUGUCUCUAGGCCUGCGUGAGGGCGAAAUCUUGGCCCUUCUAGGCCCUAAUGGCGCUGGUAAGACCACGUGCAUCAACAUGAUCCGCGGAGAGAUGGCACCGUCCUCUGGAUCCAUCCUGCUCGAGGGCAUUGACGUGCAGAAGAACAAGCGCCACGCGCAGACCCACCUGGGUGUCUGCCCUCAGUUUGACGCGCUGGAUCUGCUCACCGUUCGCGAGCACCUGACCUUCUAUGCACGCUGCAAGGGCGUCCAAGACAUCAGGCAAGAUGUCGAGUACGUUAUGUCGAAGGUCGGCAUCACUGCCCACCAGCACAAACUAGCCUCCAAGUUGUCCGGCGGGCAAAAACGUAAGCUGUCUCUCGGCAUCGCCCUCCUCGGCAACCCACCUGUCCUCCUGCUCGACGAGCCCAGCUCCGCCAUGGAUGCCGCUUCCAAGCGUGUGCUGUGGAAGACGCUCGAAGCCGUCGCCCCGGGCAGAAGUGUCUUGAUCACCACCCACAGCAUGGAAGAAGCAGAUGCCCUGGCCACCAGAGCUGCGAUCAUCGCGAGGAGACUUUUGGCCAUCGGCACGACGCAGGAGUUGAGGAAGCGGCAUAGCAACGAAUACCAUGUGCACCUCAUUUUGAAAAGCGCGCCGCUUUCGUCGCCGGAGGAGAUGCGCAACGUCGCGGACUGGGUCCUACAGCGCUUUUCGAGCACGGGAAGCAACGUGCAGUUCGAGGGCGAGAAUCUUGGAGGACAGGUCAGAUUCAGGGUCCCUGCCGACGCCAUGGUGCCAGGUUCAGCGCCGACAAAGUCGCCCAAGCACCAUCCCAGCGGAGAUGACCUGGUGUCCCCUGUCGAGGCAGACGAAAACCAAGGCGAGAAGAGCUUUGUCCGGUAUCUCAUCGAGACCUUGGAGGAGUACAAGCAGGAGUUGGGCUUGGAUUGCUACUCGAUCGGCGCCGCCACCAUGGAGCGCGUGUUCUUGAGCGUCGUCAAGGAGAGCGACGCAGUCGAGGAGGAGGAUGAGAAGAAGAGCAUAUGGCGGAGGUUUGGGUUUAACAGAAACUAG